AUGCCUCAGCCACCAAACGAGCCUCUCCCUCCCUCGGCCCAGCCCAGGCUCGGCAAGGUCUUCGACCCUUGGAACUCGAGCAGCACCGGCCACCAGCGCCCCGACACACGGCCUGGCCUCGGCUGGCGCGACAGCCGCAACCGCAAGCUGAUGGGCCAGUUUCGCGCCGGGCACACGGGUGGCGCCCGCGAGAGCGACACGUACGGCGCCGGCAGCGAGGACUUUGACCCCGCCGUCGGCGCCGUCGUGCCCAAGGCCGUCAGGGAGAGGGCCAAGUGUAGCGUCCACGACAUGCUGCUCGCGCCGGGACGCAUGCGGGAGACACUGCCCCCCGCCGCCGCCGCCGCCGCCGCCGACGAUGACAAUGUCGAGCCGGCUGGGGGUCGAGGCAGGGGCCUCUUUGAUGGCGUCGUCGUCUACGUCAAUGGGAGCACGGCGCCCCUCGUCUCGGACCACAAGUUCAAGCGUCUGUUGGCGGAGAACGGCGCGCGCGUCUCGCUGCACCUCGGCAGGAGGCAGGUCACGCACGUCAUUGUCGGGCAACCCGUCGGUGGCGGCCGAGGCUCGGGAGGCGGCCUGGCGGGGAUGAAGCUCGAGAGGGAGAUCAAGAAAAUGGCCGGCUGCGCGGUCAAGUACGUCACCGCCGAGUGGGUUCUUGAGAGCCUCAAGGCCGGCAAACGGUUAUCCGAGGCGCGGUUUGCAGGCUUAAAAGUGGCGAGGGAAGGACAGCGGAGCGUGCUUGGCACGUACACGACGGGGCCUGUUACUUCGGCGUUCAAGACGUCAUGA